AUGGCGGUAGUUUCCACCUCGCUCGGCGGCGCCGCCGCCUCCACUCAUUUGAAUCAGUUUAACGGCCUCCGGAAAUCGUUCCUCAAGCCCGACGACUCGAAUUCCAACUCAACCCAGUCAUUUUUGCAAGUUGUCGACUCGCAUCUCCGCCUCGCUUCACCGAGUAAAGGCUUCCGUGGCGUUGUCGCCAUGGCAGGCUCUGGAAAGAACUCGUUAUCUGAUCGGAUAGAGAUAGCUGCCCAAAAUUGUUGGACUGGGAAAGGUGGUGCUUUUACAGGGGAAAUUAGUGUGGAACAACUGAAGGAUCUUGGUUGCAAGUGGGUUGUUUUGGGACAUUCUGAGAGGAGACACAUAAUCGGGGAAGAUGACCAAUUCAUAGGUAAGAAGGCUGCAUAUGCCUUGAGUGAAGGUCUUGGAGUAAUAGCUUGCAUUGGUGAGUUGCUGGAAGAAAGAGAAGCUGGAAAAACUUUUGAUGUUUGUUUCCAACAGAUGAAGGCUUAUGCCGAUGCUGUCCCAAGUUGGGACAACAUUGUUGUUGCCUAUGAGCCUGUAUGGGCUAUAGGAACAGGUAAAGUGGCCACGCCAGAGCAAGCGCAGGAAGUACAUGUGGCUGUUCGUGAUUGGUUGAGUAAGAACGUGUCAGCAGAAGUUGCUUCUAAAACACGUAUUAUCUACGGAGGUUCAGUCAAUGGCGGGAACUGUGCAGAGCUUGCCAAACAAGAAGAUAUUGAUGGCUUUCUUGUGGGUGGUGCAUCUCUUAAGGGCCCCGAAUUUUCCACCAUUAUCAACUCUGUGACCGCCAAGAAGGUGGCUGCUUGA